CCUGGCCCGCAGCCAAUCGGGGCGGGGCAGGACGUGACGUCGCUUCUCGCACAAGGAAGCUCCCGGAGUGGCGCGCCAAAUUUCAAAGGACUUCCUCCUGGGAGGAAAGACGGCGAGAAGACCCACCGAAGUCCGGCAAACAGCGGCGACAGAAUACCGCAGAAAAAUAAAGUUAAGCCGGUGUUUUAUGGGUGAAACGCCCCCGCUGAGCCGUGGAGUGAGUCAAUCUGCGUGGAUCUGAGGAUUUAAAGACAUGAAGUCGGUGGCCAGCUUUGUCAUUGUUAUUAGACAGUCCCCAGCUGGUGCACCCUGUCAGGCUUCCCACAUGUGAGUCGGCUCAUGUCAAUUGAUGUCAGCGAGCCUGGGAUUUUAAUCUCCUCCACACACACAAACGCACACGCACAGAGAUCAGGCCUCUGCUGACAGCUGCUCAAACCUGAAAAAUAUUACUUUUCCAGCUAAAAGUCACACCUGUUACCACCAGGUUUACUUUUCCGGGGUUUAAUAUUUGCGGUACAUUAGCGUGGGCUCGGUCCGCAUCACAGCAGCUCUUUAUUCUUGGGCCCACCGUCUUCUAGCCUCCACUCCACGGGGGAUUUAGUCUGUUUAAACUGGGCCUCAUAACAGAGUGUGGGAGCUCAUUUCCACACUUCACCGGCUUAUAUGCUACUCUAUAUCCUCAUUACUUAUUCAUGUAUGCACAGGAGGACACAAGAAGACAUCAGCUUUCCAUACUAAUGCAAACACCUGUUGCUCAAAGCGGCUGCACCUGUCUGUAACCUUCACACUCGCUGCUUUCUGGUGCAUGUCAGGAAUAUUUUAUCGUCAAGUAUAGAUCGCUGGUAGCUGUCAGUGCUCUUGGGUCGAAGGCAAAUGGCUUCAUUUUAGCUCUUCUUCACUAGCACAGGUUUGUUCAAAAAUGGAUCGUAACUUGCUCUAACUCAGGGCCUGUCACAGAUCAGGGGUGGCCUCUGGGUGGGGCAGGUUGGGGGGGGUUUCGUGGUGGCAGACAAUCGCAGGCUUCAGCCAUGCUGGCUGGGGUGCAGCCGUGCUUCCAGCUGCUUCGGAUCGGGUCGUCGGCAGGCGAAUCUGCGCGGGACCUGUACACCUUCAGGCCGGCGCAGAACCACUCGGUGUUCCGCCUGGGUCGAGCGGCGGAGCUGUGCGACGUCACACUGGACUCGCCGUCGGUGUCCCGCAUCCACGCUGAGCUCGAAGCCGAGAGGGAGACGGGCGAAGGAGUCGAAGCUCAAGAGGAGGAAGGAUGGAGGGUCCACAUUAAGGACAGGAGCAGCCAUGGCACAUGGGUCAAUGAAGUCCGCCUCCAGCCGGGCAUACAGUGGGAGCUCUCGGACGGCGACACGCUGAUCUUCGGAGGCCAGACUGAUCCAGGGAACCCGGAGUUCUACUUCCUCUUCCAGAAGGUUAAAGUUCGCCCGCUGGACUUUGAUGCAAUCACGCUUCCAAAAGCGGGAACCUUCUCGUCCGACUUGCAGAACAGGAUUAGGACCAGCUUGGACCGCAAGGUAGCUGCCAACCUGGACCUUUCGAAGCUGUCCAUCAACAGAGCCACGGUCAUCCUCAACUCCAUCGGCAGCCUGAGCAAGAUGAAGGGCAGCGCCUGGACCUUCAAGAGGAGCCACAGCCACGAGGGAACCGUCUCUGACCCCGGCACCUCGACCUCGCCGCCUCUUGCCGUGGGCUUUUCCUCCCUGCUCCCACACUCCACUCCUCCAUCAUUUACCUCUGCAGCUUCACUGCCUCAGACGAAGGCCCUCCCGCAGACCUCCAGGAGCAGGAGGAAGUCGGCUCACACGGUGCUGCUGGAGGACGACAGCUCUGACGAGCCCAGAAGUCGAGGAGUUUUGGCAGGAGUUGUGGAGGAUGGACAGAGAGCACGGGGGAAGAAGAGGCGGAGGCUCUACAAGUCUGAAUCUGAAGGUUUCAGCUCGCCGCCUCCUCCUCAGCUGCAGCCCAAAACUCACAGCGACAUCCGCAGGCCGCUGGAGGCCAAGCCCUUCCCCGUCGGUAUCAGGACCAUCGGCAGCUUCCACGGAGCCAUGACAAACAGCAGACUCAACGAGCACCUCUUCCAGGCAUCCUUCACAAGCAAACAAGAGGCGGAGAAGGUGAACAGAGUCAAGACGGUGGUGCACGGAAACAUCGCGGCCUUCCGCCAGCAGAAGCCUGCCCAUUGCUCCCCGACCGCGGCGAGAGGGAGGCGGAGAGCCAACAGCUCCCCCGUAUUCUCCCCAUUGGUGGUGGGAGGGGAGAACUACAACCUGGCCUCGCCGUCGGUGAGGAUCCGCGCAGACGAGAGAGUUAGCGUGCAGUUCAACCGAUUUCAUCAUCCAACAGGUAAGCGACGCGGCCGCCCCAGGAAACACCCCCUCCCCCCACGGCCUUCCCUGCCCUCUCCGUCCUCCUCGUCUUCAUCCUCUACCUCCUCGGCCUCCUCCUCCUCCUCCGGCUCCUCCUCUUCCUCCUCGGACGAGGACGAAGACGACGAGGAAGAGGACGACGUGAUGGUUGGCACGGUGGAGCCGUGCGCGGCGCCGCGGUGCCGGCUGCCCCAGCAGGACACGGUGCAGUGGAUCCAGUGUGACGUGUGCGACGCCUGGUACCACAUAGACUGUCUGCACGUCGACCGCAAGAAACUCCUGAUGGACCCCAACGCUGACUUCCACUGCGGCUGUCGCUGACGGCACGGAAGCCAAAUUCUGGAUGAUUAAAUGAAAUCAAAAGCCUCACUUUGAACUUUAAAGCUGACACUUUCCCCUCCUUAAACGCUUCUUUUCCUUCAGUCAUAAAGUGGAAAUUAAGAUUUUUGCCUUUGAAGACAGGCUGCGACUUCAUCUAAUGACCGCUGAGCCGCUCUGCACGAGCACGCGGCACUUUUCUCUCGCCUCAAACACGGCUGUUAAUUCAAGAAAAGAAUUUCCUUUGAUAUUUUUUACAUCCUGAUUUUACAAAGUUUGAGCAUUUGUGACCCGACAGUAACAGAGUUACUCCACGAACCUGGAGCCCACUCAGCCUCAGAGCGUAGGCUUUUGGAGGAGGAGGCAAAACUCUAAUGAAAUGUCUCAGUUUGGAUUUCAUUAUGGCUUUGACUGCGUGGAGAGGCGCAAUCAGAGCAGGAAAACACAAUGUUUGAGCACAUCUCCAGCGUGGCUGUCCAGGGAGCAAAUUGCAUUCAGGAAAAUUCAGGCCAUUGCUGGACUCUAUAAAAAGCUCUUUAACGUCCUAAAUCUUGUUCCGCUGCCACCUUCACAAUUUCAAAGCCAUUAAAAACAAUGUUGCUAGGUAAUCAGACUUCAUUGGAGAUUUGAGUGCGGCUUUCUUGAGUGGUAGCUGCUGUGUAGGAGUAGAUCUGUAAUCAUUCGACGUGAAAUGCCAAGAAA